AUGCGCAAGGGGGUGGACAAGGAAGAGUGCUUGAUGCGCCACAGACAUGCCACCGAUCUGCCCGAAAUGCAACCGUUAGCGUCUUGUCAGCUGGGUCGUUUCGUUUUCUGGAGAGAUACACCGGAGUGCAAUAAACCACUGAUUGUUUUCGUGGAUGAUGCGGAGCAUUUCCCGAAAACCGCAAUCGUUGGUGCCUCGGACCCGAUGUACAUGCUUGCAUAUUUGAUUGGAUCCAGAGUACCUGAUGAAUAUAAACAUUUUUUCUCUAAAACUUGGCUGGAGCAAUAUGACAUUUUGGUUGGUAACGUAAAAACGAUUAUUAAACGUCGUAAACACGAAACUGUUGGUUAUCCACUGCACGGCUUGGGAUUGUCGAUCAAAAUUAUCAAUGGCGUUGGAUAUCGUGAAAUCCCUGAUUGCCCAGGUGCUUUUAUUUGA